AUGGCUUGGGCACUCGUGACUCCCUCGUCCAGAGGCAUUGGCUUCGCAUUGACCCGUCACCUGCUUCGAAUGUUACCCACGAGCGUCCCUGUCGUUGCAACGGCGCGCUCUGACAUCUCCAGCGUCCGGGAGAAGCUCCUCUCGUCGCUGGAGCUGUCCGGAUCACAGUCAUCGCGCCUCGACGUGCAGGAGUGUGACAUGCUUUCCGAGGCUUCGAUUUCCCGGCUGGCUCGGUACUGCCAGGAUCGAUAUCACGACAGAGCCAAGGAAAAGAACGCUCAUCUACGAAUGGGGUUCUUCAUACCUGGCAUGUUGAUACCCGAAAGAGCACCAGACAAGAUUGAUUAUGACAGCGCGCUGCAGACGCUCAAGCUCAACCUCCUGGCGCCCAUGAUGCUAGUCAAACACUUCGCCAGCUUCCUUCCGCGCAAGUCACCCAAGCUGGUGGUCGAGGAUGGGUUACCCAAUUCGGCGGUGCUGGCACUGAUGAGCGCCAGAGUCGGUUCAAUCACGGACAAUCGAUUAGGAGGAUGGUACAGCUACCGGGCGUCCAAGGCGGGGGUUAACCAGUUGGUCAGAACCACAGACAUAUUUCUGAAGAUGCAGAGCGGCAACAAUGCCCUGUGCGUCGGGCUUCAUCCAGGCACCGUCAAAACAAGUCUGAGUCAGGAAUUUUGGAACAGCACGCCCCAGGAAAAGCUGUUCAGUCCCGAAUUCAGCGCACAGAGGCUGAUAGACGUCGUCAACGGGCUCGAGGAAAGUAGCCGGGGGAAAUGCUGGGAUUGGAAAGGCCAGGAGAUCCCCCCGUGA